GUGAGAAGAGAGAGACAGUAACAGCAAGAAAAGAGAGAACGUAGCAUGCAUGAGCUGAGAAUGGGAACGCUUUCUCACUCUCUCAUCCAAUCCACAGACAGCAGUUAAUGAAAGAGAGGGAGAGAGAGAGAGAGAGAGAGGGAGAGAGAGACACUAUAGAUAUAUAACCACAUUUCUGCCACCUGAAGAAACUUUGUGACGCUUGAAAGACUGUCAGAAUAUGUUAUGAGGUGGCACAUAGGCUAAAAGACCGUAGAAGAGAUGCUUCUCUUAUGGAAAGCAAUGUAAAAGCUCUGAGAGUUGAAGGCUGACACCGAUGGUUUUGACCUCUGUGUUUAACACUUUUAGGAGGGACGAACUCCUUUAAUGGAUUUCUGAUGUUUUUUCGAGGCACUGCAUUUGUGCAGCAAGUGUUGAACCUAUGAACAUGGCCACCUUGCACCUCGACGGAGAGACUCGCAUACUCUUCAGAGAAUGUGACUACAGCACACGCUGAUGUCAGACGAUGCUACAUACUCCACAUACCUCUACCAAACUCUUUGCUUGUGACAUUUAGAAGAUGUUGAACCCGGGUUGGAAGCAGAACUUUAGGGCACCAUGGUCAAUGUGACGCCCAGUACAGACCCACUGACAACCGAUGAGGGGUACAACUACCUCGCCUUGAUAUGUGGUGUGCCGCUCAUCCUCAUUAUCAUCUUGGGGAAUGUCCUAGUUUGCCUCAGUGUGCUAACAGAACGGUCUCUCAAAACCGCAACCAACUACUUCAUUGUAAGCUUGGCAGUGGCCGAUCUCCUGCUGGCUGUUUUGGUUCUCCCUCUUUACGUCUACUCUGAGUUUUUGGGAGGCAUGUGGACACUGAGUAUGUACAUCUGUGAUGCCCUGAUGACUAUGGACGUGAUGCUGUGCACAGCCUCUAUUUUGAACCUAUGUGCAAUUAGUGUGGACAGGUACAUAGCAGUAGUGGUUCCUCUAAAGUACAACAGGAAUCAGUUUAGCAUUCGUCAACUGGCUUUGAUAACAGCCACUUGGGUGCUUUCCCUGGUUGUGGCCAGUCCUGUCAUAUUUGGCUUGAACCAUGUGCCUAACAGGGACCCUCAUGUGUGUAAGCUGGAGGACGACCAGUUUGUGGUCUACUCCUCCAUAUGCUCCUUCUUUGUACCCUGCCCGGUCAUGCUCCUCCUGUACUACUGGAUGUUCAGGGGACUAAAGCGAUGGAGCUCCGGUCGUAGCCGGUCGCACUUCCGCCGGGCUCCCAAAGGGCAUCAUGGUCUGUCUCUGAGGUUGGGAGCAGCUCUUCAGAAGGACAAGGGCGGAGUGAGGGAAAAGGUGGCAUACCUCAUGCCUGGAGGUCUCAGUCCUACAUCUUUAUCCACCAUCCCUACUACUCCGGUCUCCUUAACUAGCCCGGUUACUCUUAGUACAGAGGAGCAGGCAGAGGGGCAGAUUCCAGCGGCAGAAAGUGACCCCAUGACCACCCAAAUGGACAGUAUGUCUGAUGCAGAGAUCCCAGAGAGGCACACGGAGGAUGAAAGCGGGCGAGAGAAUGGUGUGGGGAAGAACCAUCGAUCGCAUGCGGGGAGACGUCACAGCAAGAGCAAUAGAGUGAGCGGACGAGAGCGGAAAGCGAUGAAGGUGUUACCUGUUGUCGUGGGUGUUUUCCUCGCUUGCUGGACUCCCUUCUUUGUGGUCCAUGUGACUAAGGUGCUGUGCAAGUCAUGCGACAUCGGGCCAACGCUGAUCAGUGUGGUCACAUGGCUAGGUUACGUCAACAGCGCUGUCAACCCCAUCAUCUACACCGCCUUCAAUGUGGAGUUCAGGAAUGUCUUUCACAAACUGAUCUGUUGUCGCUCCUGAGGCUGAGCUUUUUCUUGAGGAUUGUUCUGUUGAAGACUAAGAUUCUUAUUAUUCUUGACAAAAUCCACAAAUGAAGAAUGAUUCCUUUUUGAUCGUAGCGCACAAUGGUCUUUAAGGAAAGAGACCAAAGGAAUGGAUGACUGGACAUAGACAGCACUGGAGAAUGUACCAUUCUAAAAUAUUUCUGAUGCCUUAGUUAACCGAACGUUUUUCUUGUAAAUAGUACAGAAUACUGUUGAUUUCAUAGCCCAAAGGCAUAAAAUAUGUGAAAAUGUCCAUAUGGAGAAUAAGUAAUUUGUGUUUGAUAUGUGUUUGGUAUCAGUGUUGAUUUCAUGAUGUUUUUUAGUGCCCAUGGUGUUUCUUAUCUUAUUUUUAAGGUGUUGGUUUGUUAACUGUAUAAGUCGUUUGGACAGGCAAAAGGUGAUGAAAGGACGAUGACGCAUUUGGAUAAUAUCAUUGAGUUGACCAGGUAAGAGCUGAAUGGCUGUGUUCGGAAUGGGAUAUUUCUGCACAUCGUUCAAUAUGGCAGGAUAAACAUUUUAAACAACUCAUUAUAUUGCGUAUUUUAUAAAGCUAGUUACAAUCUCAGAAAAGAAGAUAUUUUUGCAUUUUUAAUCAAUUUUAGACCAAACAAUCAAACAAUACAAAAACAUUUGCAUAUAUAUUUGAUUCAGUGGAAAAGGAACGUCAAGAUUGCAUUGUACGAUACAAUAUAGCGUGGUGUUGUAUAAUGCAUAUUUUGGCAAAUCUGGGUAUUCUAUGCAUUCAGACAAUUACGAUAUUGUACAAAGUAUAAACAAGGCUAGCAUGCAAUUCCGAACAUAGCCAUUGUCUCUUAAAGGUGCCAUUUUUUCUUGUUAAUUUCCCUGGCAAACUGAGCUAAAUUAAAUCCUACAAAAUGUUUUGCCAGGGAAAGAGUGCCUGAUUUAUUAAACAGUCAGAAUUAACAGGUUUUAAAAACCUUUUCUUACCUAUGUACAGCACUUUCAAACUUUGUUAGUUACAAUAAAUGUGACUUUAAGCAGUUUAGUUAAAGCCAUGUGGCCUCAGACGAAACAGAAAAUGGGCCAUCUGCUGGGAGUGUAUAUACUUUUGCCAAAUCCAACGGAUGCCUUUCUCUGCCCGAGCGCACACAGUCUGCCAAUUUAAUUCAUAUGUGUGUGUGAUUCACCAAACAUGUUUUCAACAGUGAUAAGAAAGUUUUGGGAUUGUGGGUGUAGUAGUUGUGCCUGUUAGAACUGGUGUUGUAAAAAAGACUAUAUUGAGUAUAACUGUUAUUGUACAAUAUCACUGGUGCAUCUGUCACUUUUUGGAGAUGUGUGUUUUUGUCCUGCUUAAAGUGUACAAAUGCUACAAAAAUAUCUAUAUUAUAGAUUGGGAUUGUUACUGUAAGCCUGAAAAAACAAUGAGAAACAAAUCAUUUUAUUUAAAUAAAUAAAUAAA